AUGACCGAGGUUGAAGAUCCCAAGAAGCUUGAACCCGAACCCCCCUCUGAUCCCCCGCCGCCUGCUCCCGAUGUCGUCCAAGAAAAGGUCGCUAUUCCACCACCACCUCCUACUGAAGAAAAGCCUGUCCCCCUUUGGCUGUAUAUGUCAGAGGCAGAGGCAGAGAAGGAAAGCACGGAGGGGUCUGUUGGUCGAGAUGCAGUGCUCGCUAGAGUUACGACUGAGAAGCGAGUCUCACUAGUUAAAGCUUGGGAAGAGAGCGAGAAAAGCAAAGCUGAGAACAAAACUCAAAAGAAACUUUCAUCUAUAGCUGCAUGGGAGAAUAGCAAGAAAGCAGCUCUAGAAGUCGAGUUGAGAAAGACUGAGGAAAAGCUAGAGAAGCAGAAGGCGGAGUAUGUGGAGAAGAUGAAGAAUAAGAUAGCUUUUAUCCACAAGGAAGCUGAAGAGAAGAAGGCAAUGGUUGAAGCCAAGCGUGGGGAAGAUGUUCUCAAGGCCGAAGAAUUGGCGGCGAAGUACCGAGCCACCGGAACUACUCCCAAGACCAUUGUUGGUUGCUUUUGAGCACUCCAUUUCCUAGUGAAGAUUGCUUUAUAUUGUGAAUCAUUUAGCCAUUGGUCAUUGUUCAUUGUGCAGUGCGUGAUCUGUAUGUAUUUGUGUGUGUCUAGGGUACUGU